UUGGUCUCAAACUCGGAUGUCGCGAACAGAGUUGAUGCAGACGUUGUCACUAAAACUGAAACUGUGACCAUAGGCGAACUCUUUUCCUAUAUGAAGCAAGCAGCUGCCAAGGUUGCUUGGUUUGAGUGUACAGCAACAGUUGCUAAUGUUGUGCACGGUUCAAGCUAGUAUUACAUAGGAUGCGGUGUGUGCCACACUAAGGCAACCAAAGGGCCUACCACCCUUAUGUGUAAGAAGUGUGGGAAAAGCAAUAUUGUCGGUGUUCCACAGUUUCUAGCCAAGAUUUUUGUGUACGAUGAGAGUGACCAGGCUUUUUUUGUUUUCCUUGGUGAUGCUGGUCAAGAGUUGACUGGAAAGAAGGCAGCUGAAUUGGUUGAGAGCUAUUUCGAGGCCAAUGAGAGUGUAGGAGAUGAUCACAUGGUUCCAGUUCCUCAAGCGCUGUCUGAUACCAUAGGACAGACUCGCAAGUUCAUUGUGAAGGUAUCAAAUCACAAUUUGGAUGGCAAGACCCAUACUUUGACUGUGACAAAGGUGCUCCAGUCGGAAGCUCCAGAAGUUGAAGGCAAGUUGGAGGAAGAUGUGAUUGUCACAGCCGCCCAGAAAACUUUGGAUGAUGGAGGUGCUGAAGAUGAUCUUUCCAUGGACUCUAAUGUUGAGAAGGUCAAAAGAGCUGCUGAAAAUGAUGAAGCAGAGAAUCCUAAGCGAGCCAAAUGUGGGUAG